AUGUCCAACCAAACCACUGUGACCAAGUUCCUUCUCCUGCUAUUCUCUGAUGUCCCAGAGCUGCAGAUUUUACAUGUUGUUAUGUUUCUGGUAAUUUACCUGGCAACCUUAAUUGGGAAUCUUCUCAUCAUCACAGCUGUAGCUCUUGACCCCCAUCUUCACACCCCCAUGUAUUUUUUCCUGAUUAAUAUGUCCAUCCUAGACCUUGGAUCCAUCUCUGUCCUUGUCACCAAAUCCACGGCCAACUCCUUAUUGAACACUAAGUCAAUUUCCUAUGCUGGAUGCAUUGCCCAAGUCUUUCUCUUUGUCUUCUUUGCAGCAGCCAAUAUCACUUUACUCACUGUCAUGGCGUAUGACCGAUACAUUACCAUCUGCCAACCACUGGACUAUGACAGAGUGAUGAACAGGGAUGCUUGUGUCCAAAUGGCAGCCAGUGCCUGGAUUACUGGUAUUGUCUACUCUGCCUUGCACACUGGGAACAUCUUCAGGUUACCAUUCUACCAGUUGAAUGUCAUCAACCAGUUCUUCUGUGAAAUCCCCCAGCUACUCAAGCUCGCUUGCUCUGAUUCACACCUCAGUGAAGUUGGCAUUCUUGGCUUUAGUGCAUGCUUGAUAUUAAGCUGCUUUGCUUUAAUAAUUGCAUCAUAUGUUCACAUCUUCAUGACAGUGAUGAGAAUCCCCUUUGAGCAGGGCCAACGUAAAGUCUUCUUCACCUGUCUCCCUCACCUCACUGUGGUCUCCUUGUUGUUUUCCACUGGCAUCUUUGCCCACCUGAAACCUACCUCUAGCUCAGCAUCAAGGAUGGAUCUCGUGAUGGCUGUUCUGUAUUCUGUAGUGCCUCCAACAAUGAAUCCAGUCAUCUACAGCCUGACAAAGAAGGAGAUCAAAGCUGCCCUGAGGAGGCUGAAUGUGUGGACAUUAUUUACCAAGAACAAUAUAUUUGUCUUUCUCUCAUAA